UGCAUGCGUCUGCGUGCAAUUUGUCCGGAGGGAUACGGGGGGGAUUUCAGGUAAAAGUCAAAGUCAAAUUCCCUGUCCCCAGCCUCUUUUUUAACUGACACUUCUUAGUUCUUCCUUCUGAUUUCUUCUGUCUGCAGAAUCAUCAUAGUGUGAGGUUGUCCAUCGAAAAUGGCAGAUAAUUCGCUGAUAUCUGCCUUCAAGAAUCCCUUCAUCAAUCCUCUAUCAGUUGCCAGCUGUGAAAGCAAUGAUUUCAAGACAGUAGUUCCAAACAGAGAGAUCAUCGCGGCAGCAGCUCCUGGUGAUAGUUGUGAGUUUGGAUCAAACAAAUACUUUGCACUCUGCGGAUUGGGAGGAGUUUUGUCUUGCGGUAUUACCCACACGCUCGUCACCCCCUUAGAUUUGGUGAAAUGCCGUUUGCAAGUAGAUCAAGCCAAGUACAAGAAUGUCUUCAAUGGUUUCAAGGUCACUUUGGCAGAAGAUGGAGCCAAAGGUCUUGCCAGAGGAUGGGCACCAACUUUCUUUGGUUAUUCUUUACAGGGUCUGUGCAAAUUUGGACUGUAUGAAGUAUUCAAAGUACACUACUCCAAUCUGAUCGGAGAGGAGAACGCUUACCUGUACCGUUCAUUGUUGUACCUUUCAGCGUCUGCAUCUGCUGAGUUCUUUGCUGACAUUCUUCUCAGCCCUAUGGAAUCUGCAAAGGUCCGUAUUCAAACUCAACCAGGCUUCGUUGGUACUCUAAGAGAGGCUCUUCCCUUAAUCUACAAGAAUGAUGGCAUGAAUGGUUUCUACAAGAGUUUGGUACCACUGUGGAUGAGACAAAUUCCUUACACUAUGAUGAAAUUCGCUUGUUUUGAAAAGACUAUCGAACUGUUGUACAAAUUUGUUGUUCCCAAGCCCCGAGCAGAAUGUACGAAAGGUGAGCAGUUGAUCGUCACGUUCGCAGCUGGUUACAUUGCUGGUGUGUUCUGUGCUAUUGUCUCCCACCCUGCCGAUACUGUUGUGUCAAAAUUGAAUCAAUACAAGGGCGCAUCAGCUAUGGAUGUCGCGAAAAAGCUUGGCUUCAUGGGCAUGUGGCAAGGACUUUUGCCUAGGAUUGUCAUGAUUGGUACCUUAACGGCUGCCCAGUGGUUCAUCUAUGAUGCUGUGAAAGUUUGGCUUGGACUUCCAAGACCACCCCCACCAGAAAUGCCCGAAUCGCUGAAGAAGAAGCUCGGCGUUGCAUGAGAAGGGUGUCCCAUGUGAAUUUUGAAUUCAAGUGCCAAUAUCUUAGAAUCAAACUAUCAGUAGUUUCUUGCUCUUACGAAGGAAGUAUGUAAUAUUUAUGUCAUUCUUUUGUACUUGAAAAAGCUACUAAUGAGCCGAAUUCUCCUGAAGAAUGAGGCAAUAAUAGAUGAAACACUAAACGAUCAGUUAUCAGCUUUCAGCGUCGAUGAUUUCACUAAUGAUGUCAAUAUCCAUUUCUAGCACAAAAUUCAGUAUUUUAAGCUGUGGAUUUUGUUACAUGCAUGCAAACUUUGGUCAUUCGAGUAUCGAGUGAGACCACUCAUCUUGAGUCUCAUGUAGCGAUACAAUGUAAAAACGAUCUAGUCAAUUUUUUUCGAAACAGUAUCUAGUCAAGCAUUCCUUUUCUAGCAAAUAGGAAAGAAAUCAAAGGAAAAA